AUAAUAACGGCCAUUGUAAACACACAUCGAGUGUGCCUGGGAAAACAUUCAAGGUGCAGAGAGAUGAUCGUCUGCCAAAGUUAGCGCGCGCAGUGCCGAGACGUUGCUGCUACUGUAGGGUAGUCUUCGAACUUUCUUGGAUUAUUUUCAACAAAAAGAGAAUUUUCUCCUACAUAGGUAAUGGGGACAAGAAUACAUGAUCCUUUGUUCCAUUAUGAGACCCAUUUUCCAGAGCGACUUUCCCGCCUACAUUUGACCCCCGACCUUGGGCCCCAAUCUCCACAGAGGCGAAAUCGUCGUACAAGGUCAUCUCGGCAGGAUGUGCGGUAUAAAACACAACCAGUGACCUUUGAUGAGAUUCAAGAAGUGGACGAAGAAAAUGUUCACGAGGAAAAACCGUCAGAAGAAAUAAAAUCAAUGCAGGCUUUCUCAAGGUCCAUGGAUGGUCUCUUACCAAAAGUUGGUACGAAAGCUGAGAAGAAAGUGCCCACAAAAGUCGAAUCACGUCUCCAGGAAACUGCAGAGAACGGACAAAAUAAAGAAAACGUUGACAAACCUGUAGCCGGCAAGCCAACGAACAGUAACAAUUCUGGUUUGCCGCCAACAGGACUGUCACGUGACCCAAGACGGCAAAGGAUGACGGCAAAAGCAAAACGCCGACAGAUGAUGGCGGAAGCCAGGGAAGGGGAAUAAAUAUCGUGAUGUUCAGAAUUUUUUUCUAUACUAUUUCUUAUUUUCAUACGUUGUAAAAAAAAAUGGUAUAUUUUGUGAUAUCGACUUAUUUCAUUGGCACGUGCUUUGAUGGAGAUGAAAAUAUACCUGGAAGAGUUGAUGAAUUCCGUGUUUUUAAUGGCCGUAAUUUGUUACUUUAUAGUUGUGCCAGUGUUAUUGCCAUUUCAUUGAUGUAAAUGGGGAAAAAACAAUUUCGUCGAUGGAUAUUUAUUUGUUUGGUACUCAGCCUUGAAAUGUCUUACAUGUGUUCUAGGCAUUUGUCCUACAUGCAUGAAUUAUAUAUUCUUACGAAUCAUGAAUUUAUAUACAUUGUAAUUAAGAUACAUGCAGAGCUGACGACAUCACAAUGCAUAAUUUGUCGUUUUAAAUAAAAAAAAUUAAGCUAUG